AUGGGCCUACAGUUGCUUAAACCGGCCCGAACCAGAAUCUUCAGCUCCAUAGUCGGCUUAAAAACCCUAGCAGCUGUGCAUAAAACCUCAUAUCGCAGACCUCCUUGGUUCAUUUCGCAUUCGGCUGCGUAUACCCUUCUCCGUUCUCCACAGAUCCAGAGCCUCUCAAAGAUGAAGGUUGUUGCAGCAUACUUGUUGGCUGUGUUGGGGGGCAAUACCACCCCUUCUGCCGAAGAUCUCAAGGACAUCCUUGGCUCAGUUGGAGCUGAGACUGAUGAUGAUAGGAUUCAGCUUCUUCUUUCGGAAGUGAAGGGUAAGGACAUUACAGAGCUUAUUGCUUCUGGAAGGGAGAAGUUGGCCUCUGUACCAUCUGGUGGUGGUGCUGUUGCAGUGGCUGCACCUGGUGCUGGUGCUGGUGCCGCUGCUCCUGCUGCAGCUGAGCCAAAGAAAGAAGAGAAGGUUGAGGAGAAAGAGGAUACCGAUGAUGAUAUGGGCUUCAGUCUCUUUGACUAG